UUGUAAAUUAAGGUAGAAGAAGAAUUGAAGUAUGGUUUGAGGUACGCUAGCUCAGCUACUGAUCGGAAUCUUCCUAUUGCAGCGAGUAUUAGUCGAUUAUCUUCAGUUCUUGAACACGUACUUUUGUAUUCCAGUUAUUCAUUUUUACCGCUAAGUAGCCAACUGAUGCAAAGUUUCCAGGUGGAACUUAGAGCCGCUUCUCAGUGCCCCUUAGCUACCUUGUUGCUAAGCUAACAUUAGCGGGCGUACUGUUAUUAACUAAUGAGUGAAGCGAUGGCCAACAUCAGCAGCAGGAUCACGACAUCUUCUGCACACCUGGCGAUCAGAGGUGGAGCCGCAGGAAAAACAGCGUCUUCAGUCGUAGCAGGAAAUGGAAACUGUGCUGGUGCAUUUGGGACGGAUCAGAUAACAGUAGUGAGAAUAGACGAUACUCACAUUGCAGAGGAGCAGUCUCAUGUUGGGGAGAAGGUUAAAACUGAGGCUACAGAGUACUAUGAGAUGGAGUACUCCAUUCCUGCAGAGGGGGAGGCUGCGGAAGAGGAAGAGGAGGACAGUGUGUAUGUCAUAGAAUACUCAAAUCCUGAAGAGGAGGGAGAAAGCUACCAGUUUACAAUGUCUGUUGAUAGGUCAGUCCCAGCGAAAAAGCUGAAACAUCCGGUGCUCAAAGGGAACUCCAGAACUCCUUUACCAGUGAUGUCCAAACUGUCCACACUGCCAGGGCACCAGGUGAGGCAGAAGAGUGAACCGAGAAGUGAAGAACAGGUGAACGAGGAGCCAAUACUGAGUAAUAAGAGUGUGUUGGAGCUCGGAGAAGACUACAGCACUCUUAUGUGCUCAGAUAAAAGUAUGCUGGUGUGCUCACUGUGCCCGCCGCCUGGCAGGAUCUUCAGGAAAGGUUCGGGUCUGGCCGUGCAUUUGAAACAAGUGCAUCAGAUUGAGGGGAAGAAGACGUUUUUCUGCACACACUGCAAGAAAACAGUUCGUACUCAGAUUGAACUGGACGCGCACACGCGACGUCAUGCCAACAAUGUUGCUGUGUUCACCUGCUGCCUCUGCUCGGCGGAGGCUCAAGACAAGGCAGAGACGGUACAGAUGGGGUUCAAAGGGUCAAGGUGUGGCCUGAAGAAACAUCUGGAAACAGAGCACCCAGGAGUCAUCCCGCGCUGUGACAUCUGUAACAGAGGCUUCAGGACACUUACGUCAUACCUCGCUGACCAGUUCAGGCAUGUAGGAGUGUCGCCAUACUACUGCACCAAGUGUCAGGUCUACGAAAUGACUGAGAGAGGUCUGAACGUGCACUUCCAACACCACAACAAGAAGAAGAAGAAUCAGGAGUCAGGUGAAAACCACCUGCCAACAGCAGGAGGCUCCACCGGCGCUGACCACUCUGCCACAGACAGCACUGAAUAAUGACCCUCCAGAUACAUGCCUGCGUGCUCUCUAAGGUCAAACUGAGUAGCACUAGAAAUGUGCUUCGUUCACCCUCAAAUGUUUUGGCGCUUAUGUACUUCCUUACUAACAGUUAGGGGUGUGAAGAGUAAUAUUAAAACAUGACGAUAUAUCUCAUCGAGGCAAGAGCUGUCUCACGACAUCAGUACUUAGCAGAGCCAGGAUGACGGAGUGUGAUGACACAUUCACUUUAGAAAAGUUAGAAAAAGAGAGAUUCAAAGCAACAGAGCACUUAGUACAGCAUGACUGUGUUGUCAUCAUGGGAGCUGCUGUACAGGCGAUUUCCUCAGGCCUUUGUUAGCAACCACCAGAUCUUAUUUACUCAGCUUUUAAAAAAUUGCCUGAAGUGGCUGUAAACUUUGUGCCACUUGGUGGAGGCUUCUCCCUGUAGCAUCCAUCAGCGUCACAUGUACAGUAAGUUCAGUUUGGUUACUGGGGCCUCAGUGGGACUAGAAGGAAAAUGACAUGUUCUGCUGCCCGGAUCUCGGUUUUUCCAUCAUGCCAGCUUUGUUUUGGAGAAUGUGUCCCAGAUCCAGACUAUAAACUACAUUCAGUGUCCACUUCCUUAGGAACAGCAUUGCAGUCUAAUCUGACACCUGUGACGUUCAGGUGUUUUGACAGUUAAUCUGUGUGUUAACAGUGAGCUCAUAGUGACGGUGCUGUACUAGAUGCUUUCUAAUGUUCUUCAAUCAUUCAGUUACUUUAUUUGGAAUUAAGAGUAUUUAAUUAAGUCACCAUUUUCUCAGCAAGUGUAGCAGAGAGUGUAUGUGUAAUUGUAGUAGUCCAGUACAAUGCCAGCUUUAUCUGUGACUUCAGUGAUAAACCUGUUGAAUUAGCACAUUCUGAACAUUAUCAUGUUUGUAAAAAUAAACUGUCUGGAUUGUACAGAUUGAACAGGUGUCCCUAAUUGAGUUGACACUUAGUUUUUCACUAAAUGUACUACACAUUGAUCACCAUACUUUUUCCUUUUGUCCUGUGUUUAUUCUCUAUAAAUCAUGUUCCUGGUUUAAGCAUGUAGACAUUUGAUGCAAAUAUUGGUAAUGAAGAUAUUUGUUUUAUCAGUGAAAACAUUUAUUUUUACUGGGAGAGAAUAAAACACCAUUAUCUUUUUUUAAUCCAUGUAGUUAAAAACCUUUCAUUAAACUCUGCAAAGCUGAUUAAAUUAAUUUUCAUGAGUUUUCCAAUUUGAAACAUGCUUGUGUUUUUCUAACUAUUUUCUAAUAAGUUUAUGAAUUCAUUGUUGUGUAGUUUUGUUACUGGAGGAUUUUUAUUCUUUGCUGUAGCAGUUUUUUCUCUGCCACAUUAUCCUGCCUCUUUUAUUUCCCAGCGCAAUUAAAGGGGAAUGCUGCUGAUUUAUAGCACUGUUGUACUUCCAUCAUCCUGACAUUUGUUGCCUGCCUGUGUUUCUUUGUCUCUUUCUUUGCAUGUGUUCCUGUGUCCUCCUCAUGUCCUCAGUGGGAGGGAGGACGCAAGGGGAACGUCCAAGUGAGGGAAAUGACAGUGCACCUUAAGUAAACCUGUGUGUUUAUCCUACAUGUCUUUCUGUGGUUGGGGAGACAGAUGUUAGUUGUCGUGAGCACAUUUGACUUUUUGAGAGUUAAGACAUAGUUUAAGGGUUAAAGUGAGAAUUAACGUAAGGUUAAGCGUUUAGUUGGGAUGAUUAAGGAUGGGGAGCGGGUGGAUUAUGAGGCAGGAAGACCCUGGGCACAGACAGGUUAAAGGCCCCCCUGUUCUCCUACAUAGAUCCCCCAAAUUUUGUUUUUUUUUUUUUGGUAUGGUAAGUUUUUUCUAGUUAUGUAACAUCUCUUUGUGUUCAUUUUUAUGGUGAUUUUCUUAUUCCUCUGAAGUGAUUUUGUGCAUUUUUGUAGUCUUGUUUUUCCACUUUAUACAAACAUGAAUUUAGAAGUUUAUCUGAGACUAAUCUGGGUUAGACAGAUCUUUGAUCUUCCAAAACCUUAAAAUCUACUUUUUUAGCAGUUUUUCUGUCGAGCUGCAGUGGAAUUAUAAUAAUAAAAACAGAAUCAUGCACAAUAUGUCAUUAUUUCUCUGAGCAAAAUCGGUCUCCCAGGGUCAUUUCCAGUUUCCAGCACUGUGCGUGCAGAGCUGCGCAAGGUGCUGCGGGAUAAGGAGUGCCGCCUGCAGCAGCACACUGGGAAGAUGGAGGAGCAGCGGCGCAGGGCAGCGGCUGAGAAGAAGACGC